AUGAUGAACAGAUAAAGCAGCUUAUUAUCAUUUUAAAGCUAGUAAGAAAAUGAAAAUACUUAUUUUAGUCAUUACAAAUCGCUCAUGGAAAAUUAAAAGAGCAUGAGAGACAAAACUAAAUCAAUAGAUAUAAAAGCUCAUGAUCAAGCUAGUAUAUCUAAUUCUAUCGUAAAUAGCUAAAUAUUACAAUAAUAAAAUCAAAAUAUCAAAUCAUCUUCCAUUUUACAACCAAAGUAUUCUUUUUCCAAUUUAAGUACUUGCAAUCUACCAUUGAGCUAGUAAAAUACUGCUAGAAAUAGAAGUGACUCUCAAAAGAGUUAAAUUGCUCCUCGAGAUAGCCAACUUAUAACUGAUUCAAAAAAUGAAAAUUAAUAGUAUUUUUAAAAUCUUUAGUCCAAUAAGUUAUUAAAUAUCAAUUAGUAGUAAAUAUCAUCCAUUUAAAAAUAGUAGUUAAAAUCUUAAUCAGAUUAAUAGCACUAAUAACAAUAAGAAAAUUAAUAAUAACAAAUAUAAUAAUAAUAAUAUAAUUUUUAAUAAACUAAACAUCAAUCUAGGAACUCAUUUCAAAGUAUAUCAUCAGCAUCUGAUUAGUCUUGUAACUACCUCAAAAAGUUAGAAUAAUUUAAAUAGGAGUAAUUAGAAAAAUAGAGCACUAAUAAUACUAAUAUAUACUCUCUUUAGAGCUAGAAUUCAUAUAAUAAUUUAAAAAAUAAAAGCAUUAAAGAUAAGAGCCUAGAAAGGAAUAACAGUUGUUUGGGCUAGCAAUCGUUUGGAUAACAAAACAAUUAAUUUAAAUCUAAAGAUAGCAUUUCAUUUAAAGAGAAAUAAACUAGUGUAGAUAAUUAUGUUGGAUUAGACAAUUAAAUAUUAAUAAAAAACUAUACAUUCAACGAGAUAGAAAAUGUAAUCAAAGAACUUAAUUGUAAGUGUGGGUAUAAAACUGAUAUAAGAGAGGUCCUCACUAAAUUUGGAGAGAAGUUUUAGGACCUAAGAAAGAAAAGAGAUAAACUUAAAGAUAAGAAUAAACAACUAAAAGAAGAACUUAAUUAAUCAUUUAAAGAUAAAAAGCUUUUAGAAAUGCAAGUUAAUUAUGAAGGCUAUAUCAAUUAGGUCAAUUCAAAACUUGAGGAAAAAGAGAAGCAACUGUAAAGAAUUUAAACUGAAAUUAAGCUUAAAGAAGCUGAAUUAAAAUUGAGAUAGGACGAAAUUCAAAAUAUAAAAUUAUAAUAAAAGAAGUAAUAAUCUUAAAAUAAUACUUUUAAUGCAUAAUAAAGCAUUUAAAGUUGCAGUAGCUGCGAGAUCUUAAAUAAUAAGUUACAGUAAGAAUAAGAAAUAUCUUUCUAAAAAAGCAAUGAGCUGUAAUCUCAACUAAAUCAAUAGAAAGAAAAAGUAAGAAUACUUGAAGACGAUUUGGAUUAGGUUAAUUAAAAAUACUAGGAAGUAUGUGAAAAAUAAAAAGAUUAUGAUUAAAUAAUCCAAGACAAAAAUGAAUUAAAUGAAUAAAUAAAUCAAUUAAAUAAUACUAUUAAUGAACAGAAAAUAAAAUUUGAAAGAGAAAAAUCCUCUGUUUCAAUGAAAAUUCAAGAAUUAGAUGCUUAAAAAGCUAUUGUGAAAAGUGACGAAAGACUUCUGCAAGACAGAGAGAGAAUACUUUAAGAAAAAGAAGAUGCUUUGAUGGAACAGAUUUAAUAAGUAAAUUAUCAUAAAUAGCAGCUUGAAUAAGAAAAGGAGAAAUUUGAGGUGGAGAAAAAUAACUUUUAUAGUGAAGCUUAAAAGAUUGAAGAGGAAAUGAAAAAGAAAGAGGAUAAUAUUUAACUUAAAUACUAUGUCACUAAUUAAAAUAAUAACCUUUAAAAUACAUCUUCAAAGAAAAAUAGUAAUUCCUAAUAUUUAAAUAACCCAAACUUGUUGGCAUCUCCUCCUAUAAAUUAAAAUAAUUUGAAUGGAACAGCUAAUUUAAAUUAAAAUAACAAUCAUUAGAAUAGUGCUUAGUCUAAUAAUAUAAGCAUGAAUAGCAUGAAAUUUCUUUUUAAUUGCUCAGGGAUGGAGGCUGACGAUGAAGAAAUGGAGCUAAAGAUGAUAGCUUUAAAAAUGAAUGAAGAAAUGAUUUCCAAGAAAAUAGAAAUUUAAGUUCAAGAAAUGAUCAAAUAAAAAGAAAAACUUGAUAAAAGGGAAAAAGAACUAAGAAGACUUGAAGAAAGACUUAAUGGUCCUUCUUAAAGUCAUAGUCAUAACAGCAGUACAAGUUUUCCAAAUAAUAAUUCUAGCUUCCACAGAAGCUCUAAAAAAAAACUCUGA